AUGUCGCGCUCUCUCCUCUCGCACGCUCUACCUCCCUGCCUGCCGCGAUUCACGCCCAGCACGCCGCUCAGUUACCAACAUAACGGUCGCGCGGUUCAACGACAGGCCCCGCUCGAUCAGCCCCCGCGUCGCUCUCGCUGCGUCCCCCGCGUCUCGGCGUCCCCCUUGCAGCCAUCGUUGCGCCCAUCCGCUCUCCGCAAAUCGAACCAUUCCAACGGUCACCGCCACAGUCUCCGUUCCCGCUGGUCCCUUAUCGCCACUUCUUCGCAAAUUCGCAGGAGGAAUCGCGAAGAUGACAUUCGCCGCGCCGUCGCGGCCGCGUCGCACGGCGACGGAGCAAAGGAAUCGGUCGGCGGCGAGCCCGUGACGGCGCCUGCUACGACGAGCGGAGAUACCAAUACGAGCAGCGGGGGAUGCAAUGAAACGGUUACGGGCAGUGGCAGGAGCAAAAGUAGCACUAGUAACGCAGCGCCACGAGGCCAGGAUGCAGGUUCUUCGCAUCCAUCCCCGUUUCAAGCCUCCUCGCCACAAGAACCAACCCUCGAUCCUCGCUCGGAUCUCACAAGCGACCCCGCCAGUCCCUCCUCCCCUUCCGCCAUCUCCCCGCCCACUUCCGCGUCGCUUCCUCCGCCCAGCUUCCCCGCGUGGUACUACUCCCCGCGCCACGUGGCAGCGCACUACGGGGUGAAUCUCGAUACGGGCUUGUCCGAAUCCGACGUGGCGCGGCGGCGCGCAGCGCACGGGUGGAACGAGCUAGACCGACCAGCGGGCACGGCGUUCUGGGACCUAGUCUUAGACCAGCUCAACGACACACUAGUUAGGAUCCUCGUCGCCGCCGCCGUCGUCUCGCUCGCGCUAGCCGUGGCGGAGCAGGGCGGGGGAGGGGGCGCGGGAGGCGCAGCGGAAGGCGGAGGGGGAGGCGGAGGGGGGUCGGCGGGGUACACGGAGCCGGUGGUGAUCGUGGCGAUCGUGGUGCUGAACGCGCUCAUCGGCGUGUGGCAGCAGGUGCAGGCGGAGCAGUCACUGCAGGUGAGAUACGGUCGCGGAGCAAGAAUCUGUCUGCUUCUGAAUCGGUCAAACCUGAAUGCGUUUCCUUUCUCUUCCCCGUCCUUUCCUCCCCCCACCAUCCGCCUCCUUCCCCCAUCCAUCCUCCCAUGCGCUCCCCCUCCGCCCUCCACGUGCCCCCAGGCGCUGAAGGAGCUGCAGCCGCAGACGGCGCGAGUGAGGCGGGCCGCUGCUCCUGUCGUGACCGUGGAGGGAGGCCAAGGCGCCCGGGAGGACGACAGUGACGAGGCAGCAGUGCUACCAGCAGCAGCAGCAGCGGCAGCAGCAGCAGCAGCAGCAGCAGCAGCGCCAUUCAUAACGGUGCCAGCGCGAGAGCUGGUACCGGGGGACGUGGUGGAGGUGCGGGCAGGCGACCGCGUGGCAGCAGACAUGCGCAUCGUUGCGGUGGUGAGCGGUUGUGUGCGGCUCAACGAGUCCACUCUUACUGGGGAGAGCGAGCCCCAGGUGAAGCAGACCGAGCGGGUGCCGCGGAGGCGGGAAGGGGGAGAGGAGAGUGAGGAGGAAAGUCGGUGGGACGACAGCAGCAGCGACGACGAUCUGACGAUUGCGAGGACAGUCCAGUCAAACGCCAACAUAGUGCUUGCUGAUGGUGGGAACAACGAGGAGGAGGGAGCAGCGCAGCAGGCAGAUUGGGACAGCAGCAGCAGCAGCGAUGGCCUGGAGAUCCAGGCGAAGGCGAACAUGGCGUUUGCGGGAACAACAGCAGCAAGCGGGACGUUCAUCGGGGUGGUGGUGGCGACAGGCAUGGGCACGGAGGUGGGGCGCAUCCAGGCGCAGAUCACAGCGGCUGCAGCGGAGGAGGCGGCGUACGACACGCCGCUGUCGCGCAGAUUGGACGAGUUCUCCACCGCGCUGACCCAGGCUGUGGGCGCGAUGUGCGUGGUGCUCUGGGCCGUCAAUUUCGACCGGUUUGUGGCGUGGAACGCGGUGGGGCGGACUUUGGUAUUCAACGCUCAGCAGGCGACGUUCUAUUUCAAGGAAGCAGUGGCGCUGGCAGUAGCAGCGAUCCCCGAGGGGCUACCAGCAGUGAUCACCACGUGUCUUGCGCUGGGCACGCGGCGCAUGGCAGAGGCGCACGCUAUAGUCCGACGCUUGCCGUCCGUUGAGACGCUCGGCUGCACCACCGUGAUCUGCUCGGAUAAGACCGGCACGCUCACGACCAAUCAGAUGGCGGUUGCCAGCCUGGCGGUGCCACGUGGCGCUGACGGGGACGUGCGGUGGUAUGACGUGUCGGGGACCACGUAUGACCCGGGGGAUGGGGAGGUGGUGGGGUGGAGAGGGGGAGGGCGAGGGGAAGAUAAGGGAGGAGGAGGAGGAGCAGGAGGAGGAGGAGAGGGAGGAGGAAAUGAAUCUGUUUUGAGCAAGGAUGGUUCGAGUGGAGGGAUUGUGAGUGAGGGGGAUUGGAGUGGAGAGGCGGGAGUGUGUAGUGUGGCGGGCAUCAGUGCGCUGUGCAAUGACAGCAGCAUCACCGUUAGCAAGGGGCGAUAUGGCUGCUCUGGCAUGCCCACUGAGGCUGCUCUCAAGCGGUGGGCGCGCGUGUGCACUCUGGAGUUCGACCGCCUUCGCAAGUCCAUGAGCGUCAUUGUCACGCCCCUGGGGGGCCACGACUUGCCCAUGCAGCAGCGCGACGCAGCUGGGGCGGGUGCGGCAGUAGGAGCGCCAGGAGGAGUGGGGAUGGGUGCGGUAGUGCGGGAGGGCGGGGCAGCACUGGAGGAAAACAUGUUGGAGGGAAGAGGAGAGGGGACAGGGGAGGAGGGGUUGUGCGGGGUGGGGAACCUGCUGUUGGUGAAGGGAGCAGCGGAGUGCGUGCUAGGGCGCUGCUCCUCCCUGCAACUCCCGUCUGGCGCCAUUGUCCCCCUCUCCCCCUCCGCGCGCACCCGUGUGGCCCACAGCAUUGCAGCCAUGGCCUCCCAGGGCCUCCGCGUGCUGGCCUUUGCCUUUCGAGACAACCUCCCCCCUGCUCUUGCGGGUUUGGGCUUGAAGACCGGGCGGGAUGGGGGCGAGGGGAGCGAGGGAGCGGGUGAUGGGAGCAGGGAAGGGGUGGGAAGGGAUGGAAGGGAGGUGCCGGGGAGUGGGGAGGGGUGGAGUGAGGAGGUGCGGCGGUGGGUGGAGGAUGGGAGCCGGUACGAGGAGUUGGAGAGCGAGCUCACGUUUGUGGGGCUGGUGGGGAUCCGAGACCCGCCCAGGCCUGAGGUUCCGGGGGCGAUAGCAGCGUGCACGAGUGCAGGCAUGCGCGUGAUUGUCAUCACUGGGGAUUCAGGGGCUACCGCUGAUGCUGUUGCACGGCAGAUCGGGCUGUUUGGGGGCGGUGGUGAGGAGAGUCACGGUGGCUUGCAUCCUGACCGUGACUCUCCUGCUGGGCAUUCGUACGCGGCGGCGGAGUUUGUUCGGCUGCCAGAAGCGGAGCAGCUGAGGAUCCUGGCAGGAAACCCAGAGGGGACAGCAGGCACAAGCGGGGAGACAGGUGGAGAUAGAAGCAGCGGAGGGGCGAGGGGUGGCAGUAGGGGCGGCAAUCUGGUGUUCUGGCGGGCGGAGCCGGCGCACAAGCAGGCGAUCGUGAGGGCGCUGCGAGCACAGGGCGAGGUGGUGGCCAUGACGGGCGACGGUGUGAACGAUGCCCCCGCGCUCAAGCUGGCGGACAUUGGCAUCGCCAUGGGCGCCACUGGCACUGAGGUAGCAAAAGAAGCCGCAGACAUGGUACUGGCAGACGACAACUUUGCCACGAUCGUAGAGGCAGUUCGAGAGGGGCGUGCCAUCUUUGACAACAUGCGCGCGUUCAUCCGCUACCUCAUCUCCUCCAACAUCGGCGAGGUCAUCGCCAUCUUCGCCGCCUCCCUGCUCGGCCUGCCCUCCUCCUCCUUCCUCCUCCCCGUGCAGCUCCUCUGGGUCAACCUCGUGGGGGACGGGGCUCCGGCGGUGGCGUUAGGCUUUACUCCGCCCGAGGCUGAUGUGAUGGCGAGGCCGCCAAGGGAGAGGGAUCAGGGGCUCGUUUCCCCGUGGGUGCUCGUGCGGUUUGGGGUGCUGGGGGCGUACAUCGGUGCUGCGACCGUUGGGGUGUUUUCGGUGUGGUUUUUGAAUGGGGAGGUGGUGGAAGGGGGGGUUGGAGGGGUGGGGAUGGGCGUGGGGACGGUGGAGGAGAGUGUGAGGGGGGAGGAGGGGGUGGGGGGCGGAAAUGGCGGGUGGUUUGCGCCGUUUGAGUUGGAGAGGGACGGGCAUUCCGCUGUGACUUGGGAGCAGCUGUCGCACUCCCGCACCUGCUCUGUCUGGUCGGCGCCUGCUGCUGCUAGCGCCGCUUCUGGUGCUCCUGCUGCUACUCUCACCGCCCCUCCUCUUGUAGACCCACCAGCAACCGCUGCAUCAGCAUUCGCAGGAGAACCAGCACCAGCAACCGCACCACAAUCCCCCUUCAACCCACACCUCUCCUACACAGUAGCAGGCGGCGGCACAGUCUCCUUCCCCACCCCGUGCGACUACUUCACUCACGGCACAGCCAAGCCAUCCACGCUAGCGCUCACCACCCUCGUCACCAUCGAGAUGCUACUCGCCCUCAGCUCUGUUUCCGAGUACCGCAGUUUGCUGCAAUCUCCACCGUGGAUCAACAGGUGGUUGAUCCUGGCCGUCGGUGCGUCCAUGGGGCUCCACGUGGCGCUGCUGUAUUCGCCGCUCGCGGGCGUGUUUGAGGUGGUGCCGCUGACGUGGCGGGAGUGGGCGCUGGUGGUUGUGUUUUCCCUGCCCGUGCUGCUGGUGGAUGAGGGGCUCAAGCUGCUGGGCCGGUGGAUCUUUGCACGGCAGAGGGGAGAGACUAGAUAG